CACAGAUCGCGAUUCGUAGAUCAUACAAGACGGAGUUUGCCGCCAUCGGCUGCUAGCAGCUGACGCGAACGGUUGAAUCAAUGAAUGGAACAGCUCCUGCAUCCUCGGUGCUAUCCAGACUGUACAUAAGUUAGCAGUACUGGUUCAAUACUCGGACUGUGCGCCGCUGGUCUUGUCAUUGCUCGGCUGUCUCUUGGUCAUUGCUACUGUCCUUCCCUGGUUCUGGCGAUCAGCGAGCGAUGUCCGACACGCAGGAUGGCUCUGAUUCAGACGCCCUGUCGAAUGUGAUCGUCCGAGCAUUAGGAAGGGAGCUGAAGCGGCUGAGGGCGAUUCAUCGUGACGCAGAAGCUCGGAUUCAUCAUCUAGAGACUAAGGUCGACGACGUCGAGAACAAAUACGGUGACCUAGUUGCCCUCAGUAGCGAUCAUCUCGAGACCAGUCACCAAGCCGCAUUGACUAGAACCGCUGGUUUGGAAGCCAGAAAUACCGAAUUGGAAGGCGAGAACAUGCGGCUGCAGCGAGAGCUUGACGACUCACGCAGGGCAUUACUGGAGAGGUGGAUAAAGGAGGAGGAUGCAGAGCCGUGUAUUUUAGCUGCAGGAUCGCCCUACCAGCAGGUGAAGAGGGCACUGGAUGAUUCCAUACAACAGAGGGAGGAAGAGAGGCUGGAACAUUCCCGAGUCGUCAAGAUUCUUCAAGACGACCUAUCCGAAAUGGAAGGAAAACGGGAUCAUUUAACGAAGGCACUAGCUCUGGCCAAUCGAGAUUUGGACGCGAUACGGUCGCGAUAUCCCCGCAAGGUGGUGCCGGUCAAUACCUCCGACAGCGAGUCAUCCAGUGACGAUGAACGAGCGGCGGAGGUCGUCAAGGACAGCGUAUCCAACAUAAGAGUCUUUGCAGCGACGGCAUUAGCUGACGACUCUGAUGAUGAUGAGUCAACGUCCGACGGACUACCGUCUGACAAGUCAUCAGAGAAGGACGAAGGGGACGGAGAAGAUGAAAACGAAGACGAAGAAGACGAAGACGAGGAAGACGAGGAAGAGGGCGAGGGCGGAGACGAGGACGAGGAAGACGACGAGGAAGACGACGCAGAGUAUGAAGGGAACGGUAUCAAUGUGCAAGAGAGUGGUAGUUUUGACCCAUCUCAGAUCCUCGAAAGCGACGUCCUUGACAAUACUGGACAAUUCAUCGAAAAGUGGCGCCUGAUAGUUCGCAGCAAUCCUAGCGGUCAAGCCUUGCAAUAUCUUCGCAAAGUGCUGCCCUACCCGUCUCUGCUGGACCAUGCCUGGAGAUGCACUCACGAUGAGAUCAUUUGGUCACCCGCGGAAACUCAAUGUUUACUUGUGUUCCCUUUUCAACAUUAUGACGUGGCGUCUCAAGGGAUCACGGACAUGCCAAUUGACAGCCGGAUCUACAACCAUGAGACGCAUGAGUUCUUUCACAGGAUGCAGAGUCAGUGGUUCUAUCGGGGCACAUUCAAAUGCGUAGGCUGGUGUACUACGUCGUUCCAAAAUGUCAAGGACUUCGCGCGGGGGCGAGCUAAUGUCAUGAACACCAUCAUCCAAAGGACAACAGGAACCAGUGACCGCGACCCCAACCUUAGCGUCCGGUCCGUGUAUCUGAACGAACGGCUCGAUGUCGUAUGCUGUGGACUGGUCAGAUUAGGCACGAAUACGGACAUCGAGCGGACAAUAGGCGCAUGCAACCGUGACUUCGAGAGCAACGUGCGCAAGCGGCCGUCACACAACACAGACAACCGGAGCAGGAAGAAGCGUAAAGUAUCCUGAUGCCUAUGCAAGCCUCAUUGACACGGAAUCAUACCUUCAAUUGAUAAUUGCUUAUCGUUGCUUUGUUUGGCUGUACACUUGUUAUCGCUCUCAACGCAUUCCUCUAGUACUCGCAUCCAACACCGCACCGUACGACUUAAUUCAUGAAUACCAAAUCGAGGCGACCGUCGUUUCAUUACGAGACAGAUGACAUAGAUAAUUGAAUGGCAGCAAUAGUCCAUGGUUUGACGAGGCUCUGAGGUUCAGAUCGUUCUCCAGUACAUUAGAAUCAGUACCGCGUACUACACACUACUGUAUUGUCGCAAGUUGAGCUGGAUAUUAUUAUGAGUUCAUGA